UUCGAAAUUUCAGUAAGAAUGCUUAUGCUGCUUUUAUUUUCAGUUGCGGUAAAGGGAAGUAAUCCUGGAAAUAAAAGUUGUGAAACCUGUUUGAUUUUGGCAAAUAACCACGGAAAUAGAACAGGCUAUCAAUGCCAUUAUGAAGAUGAUUCAGCAGUUGCUGGCAAAUUCGGAUCAACUGAAAAUGAGUACCCGAAAUGUAUUCCGAAUGAAUAUGAGCUAAUUCGAGAUAUAAAUGAAUACUGCUGCUUCUGGUCACCGGAAUUAGGUUGUUCAGUACUUCUUGGAAUAAAGUCCAAUUAUGAAUAUAACACAGCCUGCAAUAAGUGUCUGGAACUUUGCAAUUCGCCACAGGAAGAUGAUGAUGAUGUGGAUGCCAAUAACGCUAUAGAUAUAAAUUCAAAACAUAUCGCAGCCUUAGUUCUUGCCCUACUUCUUCUGCUUUAAUGAAGACUUUUAAGGUCAUACUGAAAUUGAAAUAUCAUAUUUUCAAGUUCAAAAUGACCUUCGAAAUAUUCAUUCCUGCAUUUUUCAAUAAAUAAAUACAAGUUACCCAAGCUUAAAUUGACUCAUGUAGCUGUCAAAAUAAUACAACCACAUUCUCUGAAAAUUGGCUUAUGUACUACGAUUUUUAAUGCUGCUUUUAGUUUUCUUCUUACUCCACAUGGUAACUUUGCAGGCUCUUAAGCAUCCACUUUUUAAAAAUGGAACACCUGAUGACACAUUCGGUUGUGGAGACUGCUCGGGAAUAAAUUACAAUGCUGGCGAUGGAUACCGUUGUCAUCAAGAUGAUCAGGAAUCCGUUAUAAGGGACAAAUGUCUAAACGAAAGUGUGUACCCGGAAUGCGUACCAUGUUAUUUCGAUAUAAAAUAUCCCAUUAAGGAAUACUGCUGCUUCUGGUCGCCGAAAGUGGGAUGUGGAAUUCUAGUUAAUGAAAAGUAUUUCAAUGACAAGAAAAUAUGCAAUAAGUGCGAAUCUUAUUGCCAUAGGAAGAAAGAAAGUGGAGCAUGGCAAGAGAAAGUUGAACAUAAAUUCGUAAUAGCAAUUUCGCUGAUUUUCGUCGCUUGCAUACAAUUUGAAAAGUAUGCUUUCAAUUCCAUUAUAAGGCUAGAAUUAUUUCACAGUCACCACCACAGACCAUAAACUAGAAAUACACAUUCUAAGCAAAA